AUGUUCAACUUCAACUUCUUCAAGUCCACUCCGGCCGAAGCCGCCACCGAAAACACCUGGAACGCCAACACCGUCACCAUGCAGCCCACUAGCCCCGCUGCCCCUUCAAGCAACCAGAACGUCAUCACUGAGCAGCCGUCCUCCCAAGAACAAAUGCAGUUGCGCGGUGGUGGUGGCGGCGGUAUCUGCUGCGGAAUGUACGUGUGA